GAUGAGAAGAUUGCUAGAAGAAGGGAAAAACUUUUAGCAGAACAAAACCAAAAGAAACAGGAGGCUUUAGCAAAGAAGGAGCAUUAUGAAGCCACUGAGGAGGAAGAUGAGAAUGAAGAUAUUGAAGAUAUACUUGAAGAAGAGUUUUUAGAUGAAGAAGAGGCUGAAGAAGAACAGGAGAUUGAUGCUGUUGACCGCAUAAAAAAUGAAAUUGCGGAAAAGUUUGAGUCAGAAACAGACAGUUUACAAGGUGUAGAGGAAGAACUUGAAAAAUUGUUAAUACCACAAAUCAAGAUCAAUGGAGGACAGAAGCCCCACAUCGUAUGCUAUGAAAUAUAUAGCAAGCUGAAUUCUCUAGUGGAAAAUCGUGGAAGCAUUUUUGAGAAAUGUUACCCAAUAAGUUUGCCACUUGCACAUAAGAUGCUAGUUUUCUCAUAUAAAUUUCCAAGUUCUUUUGGUCAGUGGGAUCCAAUCAAGCUAAGUGAAGGAGAUGUAAUCAAGCCACAACAAAGCAAUGAAAACACAGUCUUUCCUGUAAUCCAUCGACAAUAUAUUUAUUUCUUUUCAAGUAAAGAAAAUAAAGAAACAUUUAUGAAAAAUCCGAUCAAAUAUAUUCGUCAGCCAAAACCUAAACCAGCUGUGCCAGUUAAGAUUGCAAUCGUGGGACCUCCAAAAUCUGGAAAGACUACAGUUGCCAAGAAAUUUGCAAGUGUAUAUGGGUUACUGCGCCUGAGUAUGGGAGAUGCCAUACGGCUAGUGUUAGACAGUCAGCCAGAGAGCGAGUUGGCACUUAUGCUGAAGUGGCAUCUUCACAAAGGACUGACCGUACCUGAUGAACUUGCCAUCCAGGCUCUAGAUGUGGCUCUGAUGAAUCACGUGUGUAAUACCACCGGGGUUGUAAUUGAUGGAUAUCCUGUAACAAGAAAGCAAGUAAACCUCUUAGAAUCAGCUAGAAUAAUUCCAGUGAAAAUUUUUGAAUUAGAUAUGGAUGCAAAGGAAGUGUUCAGAAGAGCACUGCUGGAUAAGGAAAGCACGAGCAGACUUCCCUACCCUGAACAUGACAGCUCACAGAUUCUAGCUAUUAAAAAUUCCUGCUAUAAACAGCACAUUGAUGCAAUUAGGACUUACUAUAAGAAGGAACAUCAGAACUGGUGUGUAAUUGAUGCCUUUCAGAGCAAGUGGUGGAUCUGGAAGAAAGUACUGCAGGAAGUUCAACUGGUUGUUAAGGAAAUCCAGAUAUACCUGGAAAGAAUAAAAGAAGGAAAAGCAGCCGGCAUUGCUGAUUUAUGUGUCACUCCUGAAGAGCUGCGGUAUCGGCUGGGGGAAUUUGGACAGUACUGUCCCGUCAGCCUUGCAGAAAAGGGUGAAUUGGUUGACUGCUCUGUAACGUCGUCAUUGCAGUUUGCUGCAGAAUUUCGAGGACACUAUUACAAAAUGGCUUCACAGGAAGAACUGGAUAAAUUCUUGAGCAGACCAGAGGUUUAUGUGCCACCACUGGCACCUCACCCUCUCCCACCCCCUGAUAAGCUACCAAAGAAGCUGACUGCGGCAGAAGUGAAGGCCUUAUUCCCUAUAAGUGCUGAAAUGCAGGGAUACUGCCCAGUCACUUACCUAGAUGGAAAACAGAGAUAUGAAGCUUUGGUGCCUGGCAACAUCGAAUAUGCAGCAAAAUAUCAGAAUAAGGUAUAUAUUUUUGAAAGUGAAGAAAAACUUCUGAAGUUUAUGAGGUUACCAGAGAAGUACUGGAAUCUGAAGCUUCCACAUAAACUCCCUCCAAUAAAGGAGCCAAUACUACUCACUGCACUUCCUUUGGCUGGAUACCUUGAACAGGGAGUAGCAACUUCUCUCAUAAAAGCUCUGAAUGAAGUAGGCUGCUUAAAGCCAAAAUUUCCAUUCCUAAGUAUAAAAAAAACUGCUCUCCUGUUUGUCGCCUGCCAUUUAAAAGCGCACAACCCCAGGAGCUCGGAGCCGGCGCGGCAGAGGUACCGGAGGAAGCUGGCGCGGUUCAUGGAGCACUGCCAGCUCGUCCCCUACCUGGGGGCGGCCAUGGCGGGCCCGUACAGGGAGCCGCGGCGCAGGCCCCUUGGCUUGGACGGCAGGCUGCAGGCUUUCCUUUCGCUGAAAGACGCCGGCCCCGGUUUUGUGUAG